AAAUAGCAAGAUGGCGGUGCGCAGAGUGUGCAUGUCUGCCUGGAGGACUGGGACAGAAAUAGAGGUCAAUAAUGCAAGAACACUGACCACAACCGCCGGUCUGUGGCUGCGCCGGGCCCUUGCUCCUGGUCCUCUGCCAAACCAGGACAUCGACGUUAAGAACCUGGAGUCUCUGGAGAAAUAUCACAGCUACAAGCGCUACUUCAGACAGGCUCAGGAGGCCCACAACAAACCAGUCUGGUGGCACACCUAUAGGAAGUAUGUGGAGAAGGCCAAUCCAGACCACGGUGCAGAGCAGGUCGACAUUGGGUUCCCAUUAGAACAGCCCAACAGAACCAAACAGGUGAAAGAGAGGAAGCAAGUGAUGAAGGAGAACAAGAAGAACAUGGAACUGGAGAGGGCGGCUCGACUGCGCACGUUGAAGAUUCCGUUGGAGCGCGUACAGCAGAUGUGGGAGCAGACCAGCGGGCCCCACCACAUCAGGAGACUGGCCGAGCACUACGGCAUUUACAAAGACCUGUUCCCCAAUGCUUUCUUUUUACCCAUAGUCCCCCUCAAAGUGCACUACGGCCAGAACAGCAGCGUGCAUUAUGGGAACAUACUCACCCCGACAGAGGCAGAGACAGCCCCUCAGAUCAGCUUUGAGGCAGAAGAGGGAACACUAUGGACGCUGCUACUUACUUGUCCAGAUGAGCAUUUAUUGGAUGGGGAAGCUGAAUACGUUCACUGGAUGAUGGGGAACAUUCCAGCUGGAGCAGUGCAGUCCGGGGAUGAGCUGUGUCACUACCUGCCUCCCUUUCCCCCCAGAGGAACCGGCUUCCACCGUUAUAUCUUCGUCCUCUUCAAACAGAAUGGGCCCAUCGACUUCAGGGACAAUGCACGCCCAUCACCAUGUCACUCUUUGGAGGAGCGCACGUUUAAAACAGUGGAGUGGUACAAGAAGCACCAGGAGCACAUGACCCCCGCGGGCCUGGCCUUCUUCCAGAGCCAGUGGGAUGCAUCGGUCACACACACGUUUCACCACACACUCAACAUGAAGGAGCCUGUGUUCGAGUUCAUCCGCCCCCCGGUGUAUCACCCCCCUCAGGUCAAGUUCCCCCACAGACAGCCUUUGCGCUACCUGGACCGCUACAGGGAUGGACAGCCACACACUUACGGCAUCUACUGACCCUCUGAACUGUUAUAAUCUGCUACUGUAUCAGCCAUAUCUGUAUCAAAUAAACACGAGACUUUUGCU